AUGGCUUCUGUCGAUAGUGGGGUAGCUUCAUCAAACUCAGAAGAACACUGCGAAGAAAUAAAUGUUGAUGAAGAUGCUGCUGCAGGUACUUUCAGUGCUAAUGCCAAUCGUUGUAAAAAAGCUAGUGCUGGCAAACAAUCUGCCACGGAAUCCAGAAGAAAGGAUGCAACUCCAUAUUGUGUGUAUGUACUUCCCAAGUACUUUCAAAAAGAAGUAGUGACUUCAAAAUCUACAACAUAUAAAUGCCUAAUGGGAUGUCACAAUAAAAUUGUGACUGUGUUCAACAGCACUUUGAACAAUGGCAGAAGACAUGUUGCUACAUUCCACAAUGUAUUAUUGGAUGAGUUUAACGCUUCAUUCACUGCUGGAAGACAAUCUUCCAAUGUUGAUGGCAAACAGUUGCUCGUGGCUACAAUUGAUAAACACCUGGUGAAUUUCAACGAUUCUCCAUCCACAAUUACACCAAUUGUUACGCAGUCUCAACUCGAUGACCACAUAAUGGUAGGCACUAGGCAGAUAGUGUUGUGUCCAUUGCAAUUCUUCACAACACGUGUUGUGUCCGUGACCAAUCUAAUCAACACAAACAGACUUUACACACCUGGAUACGUGUACUAUAAGGAGUUGACUAUUGAACAGCCUCUCGAGGAUGAAAAAUCUCACUCAAUACAGUUCAGUGACCUUCAAAUUUUUGAAAAAGUAGAUAUGGAUGAUUCUAGUUUGUACAUUAAUGAGAAUAUCGAAGAAAAAUUUGACUUCUUCAAUUCUGACAACGAGUCUCAUGCUGGUGGUUAUCUUUCGGAGGAUAGCGAUUGCGUAGAAUCUUUCGACUUGGACGUUUUGGAAGAAGAAAGUAUUCCAACGAAUGAGUAA